AAUCAAACAUCCAAUAAACAAAAGUUUAUACGACACCGUUUCACCAGAAGGGCUUCCAACUCUUCCCCUCGUCGAUUUGUCUCGUGCACGGUAGCCAAAUUUCCAGAACAUCACCCGAUUUUGUUAAGCACAAAAAACCCUUCAAACAAAUUUCCUUCCGACAGUGGGUACAAUGUUCUACAGAGGUAAAUACGCGGAUGGUGGUGAUGCGCGAGAAAUGGGAUUGAAACGCCAGCGAUUGAUGGAUCAUGGAUCGUCGUAUUACGGUCCGAAUUACAUGUACGACCCUCCACCCCUACCGCCCCCUACGUAUUCUUACGUUCCACCCCCUUUUCCCGUCGUACGUCUUCGUGGCCUCCCGUUUGACUGCGCAGAGGCCGAAAUCGUUGACUUUUUCCACGGUCUAGACGUAAUCGAUGUCCUCUUUGUUCAUAAAAGUGGCAAGUUCACCGGAGAAGCUUAUUGCGUUUUAGGGUACCCUCUACAAAUCGAUUUCGCCUUACAGAGGAAUAGGCAGAACAUUGGCAGGAGAUACGUUGAGGUUUUCCGGAGCAGAAAAGACGAGUACUAUAAGGCUAUAGCGAACGAAGUGCUCGAUGCGCCUGGCGGUUCGCCGCCUCGUCGUGGUGGCGGCGGCGGCGGUGGUGGUGCAGCCGCCCCCCCGAGGGCGAGAUCUUUGGAGGAGAGGGACUUGUCGGAGUUUAAAGGGGUGUUGAGGAUGAGGGGGUUGCCGUUUUCUACUAGCAAGGAGGAAGUUGUGAACUUCUUUAAAGAUUACAAGAUAUCGGAAGACAAGGUUCAUUUGAUUGCUAAUUCGGAGGGAAGGGCGGCUGGAGAAGCGUUUGUGGAGUUUGCGAGCGCCGAGGAUUCGAAAGCUGCGAUGGCUAAGGAUAGGAUGACACUUGGACGUAGAUAUGUCGAGCUUUUCCCUGCUUCGCGCGAGGAGUUGGAGGAAGCUACUUCAAAGGGGCGGUUAAUGUCAAGAUCGUUCGAAGGGGCCGAAGAAAGUGAACCCACACCAGUACUGCGAAUGAGAGGGCUGCCGUUUUCAGCUGGCAAGGACGACAUAAUCGAUUUCUUCGAGAAUUUCAAAUUGUCGGAAGAAUCAAUUCACAUAACCUACAAUUACGAAGGUAGGCCCACCGGAGAAGCUUUCGUGGAGUUUGCUAAUGCAGAAGAUGCAAAGGCAGCUUUGGCCAAGGACAGGAUGACACUUGGCAGUCGUUACAUAGAGCUCUUUCAAUCGUCGCCCGAAGAUCUCAACGAAUCUCUCUCAAGAGGACGGUGAUUUUUUUUUUUUUUUUGGGCCCUCGUUUCUUGUUACGAUAUAAAAAUAUAUUGCUAGUAGUGUCACAGAACAUAGGAAACUUGUGCUUGGUGUUUAGCUUGAGUUUCUUAUUGCCAUGUUGGUAUGAAUUUAUAGUUUGAAUUGUCCAUGGAAUUACUAUUUGGCAUUUUGAAAUUACUUCGAUUUUGUAAUGUUUACUCCAGUUCGGUUACAUGUUUCGGAUUAAUUUGGAUUAGAUUAUAUUCAAUCGAUCAAUUG